AUGCUCGCCCAAUUCAACUUCAUAAGCAUGGCGAUCCUCGCAUUACCCCUCGUCGCUAGAGCACAAGAUAGACCUGCGUGUGUUCAACAGUGCUUCCACAAGAUGAUCAGCACGACCAAUUGCGACAAAACCGACGUCCCGUGUCUAUGCUCCGAUACCAGUUUUGUCAAUUCAAUGGUUCAGUGCCUCAGAGCCUCGUGCCCUAGCGAUAUCAGCAACAGCGUCAUAGAAGAGGAAAGCACGGUGUGCGCCGCUCAAGGCGCACCGCUUAGCAUCCAGCCUUCUAGUUCUCUCAGUGCUUCUGGUUCCGCGACGCCCACAUCGUCCGCCUCCGCUACCUCCGAAACUUCCAAUUCUCGACCCACAGACGGAGCCAGCUCGCGGAACGCCAACGGCGCCAUCACGUACAACAUAAACGCCGUUGCUAGCAUAGUCGCAUUCGGGCUGGUGUUCCUCAUGCUCUGA